GCCGUCGUCCUCCUCUAACUCGACAUCUUAUCCAGUUGAAAACUACCAUGGCUAGCGCAACGAUGAGCAAUUCGCCGAUUACACAGGUGUCGCAGACCCCGGUGCAGACAAAUCUCCAACCACAGCUACUCACGAGGCUGCUUCUUGACCUGCGGGGAAAGCGGUUCUCUGUGGACCGUGAAACAAUCAUGAACCUGCCCGAAUCCGUCCUUUUAUGUCUCUUUCCAAAUGGCCUGGUGCUCAGCCGCCAGAGUGCGGCUCUGUCUGAUGGCGGCGACAACGACGACUACGAGGAACUGUAUGGGGUUGACUUCGACCCAGAAUGUUUCUCGUAUGUCUUGAACUUCUUCCGCAAGGCCUCUGAGGACUUCUACGGCUCGCCGAGCUCGCCCGGCCUCCUGCAUUAUCAGUCACAUCUCAUAGCCGAAGGCGGGUCCCCAACGUCCGACUACGGUUCUUCGCAGUCUCAGAACCCGCUGCUCUCGAAACAGGCGAUAAUCGUCCUCCGCGAAGAGCUCGAGUACUUUUCCAUCCCUACCCCGGACGGAAAGGCGGCGACCAACGCGAACGGGAUUGCGAACGAGGCCUUGCUGGAGCUGAAGCGCAAAUGCGGUAACUACCUGUUGCACAAGCGCAACAUCUUCACCGCGCUCCAGCGCAACGUGAACAAGGAGAACAACAUCGCCGAGCAACACCUCAUUGACAUGCUCUGCAUGAGCGGCUUCGACCGCGACGACGAAUGGGGAUAUCGUGCGCUGGAGCCAUCUCGGUGCUGCAUAUCCUCGAUCGCACUAGUCUUGCUGAAGACGGGCAUCAAUCACGUUGUCGACGCCAACGGCGACAAGCGCGUUAACGUCGACUACACGCAGAUGUCCACCGCGCAGAAGCUCCUGCUGUUUUGGAGAAAGCCAGCUCGCAAGUGUUGGUGGGACGGUGUCGAAGUGAAUCUCGCCGAGGAAGGCGAGCCGGCGAAGGUCGUGAAGCUCUGGGCUCGCAGGGUCUGGACAUUGGAACUGAGCCUGGUCUGAUCUACCCCUAUCACCGUCACACACUCUGUCUCGCUGCUCUGUAUCCAUAUACCCUUCCUUUUCUUCCAUCAUUCUCGUGUCGUAGGUCUGGAUACCCUUUAAUAUUACCCCUUUAUGUGCCGCCUGUCCUCGGCGUCCGCGCGUACCUUCGCGGACUCCAGGCCGGUCGGCAUCCUCUGUGUAAAGUACUAACAUGCUGUUUUCUAUCAGGA